AUGUACAUCGCCAAGCUGUGCAAGGGGCGGACCUGCAACGACCUCAAGUUCCCCAUUUUGGACUACGACGCUGCCACCAAGACCUGCGUUUGCACCGCGCACCCCUGCUGGAACGAUAAUGGGCUCCAGCACAAAUGCCCCGGGGAGAAGCAUGAUGACAAGUUUCUGACAUUCUUCUACGAAAAGUCGGGCAAGCUCAACUGUGGCUGCAGCAAGGAGCCAGACUACAAGUCCCUGUACCUGAGCAAGGAGCUUUGCCCAGGUGAGCACUGCACCCCUGAACAUCCCAUCCUCGACUAUGACCAGGAUUUGCCGGGGAAUGCCAUGGAUGUGGUAGAGAAAGUGGAUUCCAAGCGCGUGGCAGUCGAGCAUGCCGAGCGUGGCGAAAGCGCGCGGAUGCUCCUUCGGCCGGAAGCACAGGCAGCACUCGGGACCUACCGCAGAGUGAGUGAGUGCAAGGGCACCUGGAACAGAUGA